AUGAAUAUUAGUGAACUCCUUGCAAAUACUCUUUCUUCCGAUGCACGACUUCGAGCUGAUGCAACACAACAGUUGGAAGUCAUAUGUCGUAAUCAUUGGUCUGUUUAUAUGCAUAUGCUUUCUCAAGAACUUGUUAACGAGCAAUCUCCAUCGCAUAUAAGAAGUGCAUCAGGAUUAGCUCUUAAAAAUUCUUUGACUUCGAAAGAAAGAUAUAGACAAGAAGAAUAUAAUCAAAAGUGGCUUUCUUUAGAACAAUCUUUAAAACAGCAAAUUAAACAAAAUACUAUUUUAACAUUGGCAUCUCAAGAUGGAAAAGCAGGACAAGCUGCCGCACAAUUUAUUGCGGCUAUCGCUGCAAUAGAACUUCCAAUUAAUCAAUGGCCGGAAUUGAUGGCUACUCUUGUUCAAAACGUAUCAGAGGGACAAAACUCGAAUUUGAAACAGGCAUCUCUUCAGGCAAUUGGAUAUAUUUGUGAAACAGUGGAUCCUAAUAAUUUGGCUGCUCAAUCAAAUGCUAUUUUAACAGCAGUAGUUCAGGGUGCUCGAAAAGAAGAGCCUAAUUCUUCUGUUCGUCUUGCUGCAGUUAGUGCUUUAUUUGAUUCUUUAGAAUUUGUAAAAGAAAACUUUGAGAGAGAAGGGGAACGUAAUUAUAUUAUGCAGGUAGUAUGUGAAGCUACACAAAGUGAGGAUGUGAGAGUUCAAAUAACUGCUUUUGGUUGUCUUGUUCGUAUAAUGCAGCUUUAUUAUGAUAAAAUGAAGUUUUAUAUGGAGAAAGCUCUUUUUGGUCUUACAGUUCUUGGUAUGAAGCAUGAUGAUGAAAAGGUUGCAUUGCAAGCAGUGGAAUUUUGGAGUACUGUAUGUGAAGAAGAAAUAGAUGUUAAUUUAGAAAUUCAAGAGGCUCUUGAAAAUGGUAUCUCAUCAGAAAGAGAAAAUUUUCAAUUUGCUAAGAUUGCUCUUCCGGAGGUCUUGCCGGUUUUGUUGCAAUUGAUGUGUAAGCAAGAUGAAGAUGUAGAUGAAGAUGAGUGGAAUAUAUCUAUGGCGGCUGGGACAUGUGUUCAAUUGUUCUCUCAAUGUGUGGAGGGCAUAAUUGUUGGCCCUGUAUUGACAUUUGUUGAAGCCAAUAUUAGAAGUGAUGACUGGAAACGUAGAGAAGCUGGUGUUAUGGCACUUGGAUCUAUUUUGGAGGGACCUGAUCCAAAGUUAUUGGAAACGUUGAUGCAAGAGGCUUUACCUGUUUUAAUUAGUAUGAUGUCGGAUCCUGUGGUUCAGGUUCAAGAUACUACUGCUUGGACUUUAGGACGUAUAUCUGAUUUAGUUAUAAAUGCUAUUUCCCCUGAAAUUCACCUUCCUAGUUUGAUUCAUGCUCUUUUAAAUGGUCUGAAUGCAAAUCCUCGAAUAGUUUCUAAUUGUUGUUGGGCUCUAAUGAAUCUUUCUGAGCAGCUUGAUGGCUGUUCUUAUGGGUCUAAACAACAGACGUCAAUUAUGUCUCCAUAUUUUGAGAAUAUUGUGUCAUCACUGCUUGGUGUAACUGAACGGACUAUAAAUGAAAAUAAUUCUCGAACAUCUGCAUAUGAAGCUUUAUCUACUAUCGUUACACAUAGUUCUUUAGAUAUGAUACCAAUAGUAUCAAGGUUAUUGAUUGUAAUACUCGAGCGAUUAGAACGUACAAUAGCUUUUCGUGAUCAAAUUAUUGGGGUCGAUGAGCGCACUAAUCAUGAAAAACAUCAAUCUAAUCUUUGUAACACGUUAACCAGUAUAAUUAGGCGUUUAGGUGCAGAUGCACGUCCUUCUUCUGACAGAAUAAUGACCAUUUUGUUUCAGCUUAUUCAGAGUGCAUCACGACAGUCCAUAAUUCAUGAAGAUGUUUUUUUAGCAAUUAGUGCUUUAACUUUAGUUUUGGAUGGAUAUUUUUGCGUCUAUUUGGAUUCUUUUGUUCCAUUUUUGUAUUCUGCACUUUCUAAUAUUGAAGAAUAUCAGCUUUGUUCUAUUGCUGUUGGUUUAAUAGGUGAUAUUUCUCGUGCAUUAGGUGAUAAAGUGAUUCCAUAUUGCGAUAAUUUCAUGACUCAUCUUCUUCAAAAUCUUCAGAGCUCAGUUUUACAUCCUAAUGUUAAACCUGUAAUUUUAUCAUGUUUUGGGGAUAUUGCUCUUGCUAUUGGAAGCAAUUUUAUGAAAUAUUUAGAAGUAGUUAUGCAGCUUUUACAACAAGCAUCUAUCAUAUAUUCUACUCCUGAUCAGGGCUAUGAAAUGAUUGAUUAUGUAAAUCAGUUGCGAGAAGGCAUUGUGGAAGCGUAUGUUGGCAUUGUUCAAGCAUUAAAAGAAGAAAAAAAAUCCAAUCCACUUCUUCCUCAUAUUCCGCAUAUAUUUCGUUUUUUAGCAAUGAUGCAUAAUAUUCAUGAUAAAUCGGAAAGUCUUACCCGUGCCAUGAUUGGUUUGUUAGGUGAUCUUGCCGAUAUUAUUCCUAGCAAUCAAAUUUCAUCGAUGUUUCAAGAAGAAUGGGUUAAUGAAUGCCUAAAGCAAGGAAGAACUAAGCCUGGAUAUUCUUCUGCUACUAAAGAAAUUGCACGAUGGAGUACUGAACAAAUUAAGGCAGUGAUAAAUGGAAAAUGA